CAUGGGGUCCAGGACAAAUCAGGGCUGGCUGUGGCCAGGGCUCUGCUCUCCCCUCCACAGGGACAAACACUGCCGUGUUCCCCCUCCUGGUGUCUCCAUGGGUGUCUUGAGCUGCAUGAAGUACCUGAUGUUCAUCUUCAACGUGCUGGUGUUUGCUGGGGGGACAUGUCUGACAGGCAUGGGAGUGUGGGUGGCCACGGACCCGGCCGGUUUCCAGGACAUCGUGGCUGCCAGGGCCGUGCUGAGCGCAGGUGCCUGGCUGCUGCUGGCUGUGGGCAUUGCCCUGUCCCUGCUGGGCUUCCUGGGCUGCUGCGGGGCCCUGCGCCGGAGCCGCCCGCUCCUGCUGCUGUUCUUCAUCCUUGUCAGCCUCGUCUUCCUCGCACAGCUUGUUGGGGCCAUUCUCUUCCUGGUGCACUGGAAACAGGUACUCACACCAUCCCCAGCAUCAGCAGCCUCCCUCUGUCACACCAUGGCCAUGGCUCAGAGCCCACCAGGCGACCGGGGCUGGCCUAGGGACACCCUUCCCCUCACUUCUGUCACCAGCACAACACACACCUCAAAGCAGGUGCAGCCCGAGCACUUCCUGUCCGAGCUACAGAAGAACUACGGUGGGGAUGAGAGUGCUGAGGUCUUCUCCACAGCCUGGAACACCCUCAUGGUCACUGUGAGCAGCUGGGAGGCUCCUGGGGGCCACACAGGAUCCACCAAGGGACCCAAAGACUUUGGGAACGGCUCCCGCUUCCAGGAGCUGCACCCAGGGAUGCCAUGGCCACAGGCGUGCUGUGCCCGGGAUGGGUUUCUGCUGGCAGGAGAGCUCCUGGGCUGGGAGCAGUGCCAGGACAGGAGCCCUGGCUACAUCCAUGAGCAGGGCUGCUUCUUCACCUUCGGCAGGACGCUGCAGAGGUACAUCUCCCUCCCUGGGACCUGCAGCUUAGCCGUGCUGGGCAUUGAGAUCUUUGCCAUGUUCUUCGCUUUCUGCCUUUACUACAACUUUGACUGA